AUAAAGACACCAAAGAAAUCUCCAUUGCUAUUGAGAAUGGCGGUCUUACUCUUCAGUAUGGUUUGUGGAGUGUACAUUUUCUCAAUUUGUACAACGCAAAUGGCUUAUUUCAGGGAUAGUAAUUUGCUAAAACUCAAACAGAUUCAAAAACAAUGCCCAGCUUCUGGAAUUGAAAUAAGUGAAACUGCAUAUCUACAUUUUCCAGAACCCAAAACCUUUAGCAGGCAAGAAUGUGCCUGCAAUCCAGUAAAAUUUUUUGCUAUCAUAUCGAUGCAGAGAUCUGGCAGUGGAUGGUUUGAGACAUUGUUAAAUAGCCAUGAGAAUGUCAGCUCAAAUGGUGAAAUCUUUGGGGCAAGAGAUAGGAGGAGGAACUUAUCUGUGAUAUAUGGGAUUAUGGAUAAGGUAUACAAUCUGGACUGGUACAGCAGCGCAUCAAAGAAUGAGUGUUCAGCUGCAGUCGGGUUUAAAUGGAUGCUUAACCAGGGAUUGACAGAGUACCAUGAAGGGAUAGCAGAAUACUUCAAGAAGAGAGGUGUACAUGCAAUAUAUCUCUUCAGAAGAAAUCAUCUGCGCAGAAUGAUAUCCCUGAUUGCAAAUGUCUAUGACAAAGAUGCUAAAUUGUUGAACGGAACGCACAAAUCUCAUGUGCAUUCACCACAAGAGGCUCAAGUACUUGCGAGUUACAAGCCUUCAAUCAAUACCACACGACUUGUACCUAAUCUCAAGAAAGAAGAACAGACUACCGCCAGGGCUCUGGAAUAUUUCAAAACCACUAGACACAUUGUCCUCUACUAUGAGGAUGUUGUCAGAAACCACACGAAACUAAUAGAUGUUCAGGACUUCCUGAAGCUACCACACAGAAACCUGAGUAGCCAUCAGGUUAAGAUACACUCUGGCUCAUUAUCAACGCAGAUCAAGAAUGGAGAAGAUGUGCAGAGAGCUUUAAAGGGAACACCAUAUGAACGCUUCCUGAAUUCAGAUUACUGA